AUGGGUGCAUGCUCUGGAAAACAGAAACCAGUUAGAAAAGGCAAACAACAAUUAAGUGAAAUAAAAAGAUUUGCUAAAUAAAACAUAAGAUAGUUUUACAGAUUUGGAAAGGUUUUAGGAUCAGGGAGUUUUGGUACUGUAAAAGUGGGUUACAGUGUCAGAGAUUCGAAAGCCUUUGCAAUAAAGACUAUUCAUAAAUAUCGAAUGCGAGAAUAAUUCUACCUUGUACUCAGAGAGCUAGACAUCCUUACACAACUGGAUCAUCCAAAUAUCAUUAAAGUAUUUGAAGAGUAUGAAGAUGACAUGUAUUAUCACUUCGUAAUGGAAUAUUGCAGUGGAGGAGAAUUGUUGGAAAGAAUAGUGGAGGAAGGUAAUAUUGGAGAAUCUGAUUCGAAAGAGAUAAUGCAACAAUUAUUUUCAGCUAUUAACUAUCUUCAUUCGAUGGGAAUAGCUCAUAGAGAUUUGAAGCCAGAAAAUAUUCUUUUUGCUUCUAAGGAAAAGGAUGCACCAAUAAAGGUUAUAGAUUUCGGUUUAAGCAAGAAGUUUAGAAAUAUCAAUCAAAAGCUUUAGAGAAUGAACAGUAAAGUGGGAACUCCAAUAUAUGUUGCACCUGAAAUAAUAGCUGGGGAUUAUUCUUUCUAAUGUGACGAAUGGUCUUUGGGUUGCAUCCUGCAUGUAUUACUAUGUGGGAAUCCUCCAUUCUCGGCUAAGAAACUCGAUAUGUUAGAAGCUAAAAUCAAGCAUUCUGAUGUUGAUUUCUCUCUCUCCGUAUUUGAGCAUAUAUCUCUUGAAGCUAAGGAUUUGAUUAAAAACUUAUUAGUAAAAUAACCCAAAAAGAGAAUCACUUGUGGAAAAGCAUUAGAGCAUCAAUGGUUUAAAAAUAUGAAACAAAGUUCUCAUUAAUAAAAAUUGUCUAAUAAUUAGCAUUAAAAAAUCAUAAGAUUAUUACAUACUUAUGCCAAUUCGUCUAAACUAAAAAAAGAAACUCUAAAAAUACUGAUAAAUCAACUUACUGAAAAUCAAAUUUCUUAAUUAAAGGAUGUUUUUGUCUCGUAUGAUAAAGAUUGCAAUGGAACCAUUUCCAUUUAAGAACUUUUGUAAAUUAUGUCGAAUUUAGGAUUUAAGGAAAGUGAAGAGGAACUUGUUUAAAUGAUAAAGAAAUUUAAUAAUAUUAACCCUUCUAACGAUGAUAUUACAUAGGAUACAUAAAUUACAUAUACUUCAUUCUUAAGUGCUUUGGUGAAUUGCAAAAGCUAUCUCAAUAAAGAGAGAUUAUGGAAUCUAUUCAAAUACUUUGAUAGUGAUAAUAAAAACUUUAUUACAAUAGAAGAUGUGAGGAAAGCCUUUGAAAGGGAAGGAAGGCAAUUAUCUGAAUCAAAAUUGGUUUCCUUAUUUUCUGAGAUACUAUAAAAUGAAAAAUAGAAAAUUAUUGAUUUUGAUUAGUUUUGUCAAAUGAUGUAAGAUAAUCUAUAUAACAGCAACAAUGAUAGCAAAAAUUUAGAAAAAGAAUUAGAUUGUUUUGAAAAUUGA